AUGGGUGAUAUAACCGGAAGGUUGGACGUAAAAAAGGGACUUGAUAAUCUUGGUUGUACCACUCGGGUUUUGCAGGGUACUUUCUACCUCUUUCUUGAUUUCAGCCAUUACUAUGGCACCGAGGUUGAUGGGUUCGGGUUGAUUAAGGAUUCAGAGUCUCUGUGUCGGUGUUUGCUGGAAAAGGGUCAGGUUGCCGUUGUGCCUGGAGAUGCAUUUGGGGAUGACAGCUGCAUCCGGAUCUCAUAUGCGGCAUCCCUCUCCGACUUACAGACCGCCGCUGACAGAAUCAAAAAGGCUAUCCUCACCCUCAAGGCUCCUUCAAAUAUCUGAUUGUUAUUUUGCAUACUGCAAGUCAUAUUAAUAGUGUGUUUUCCUCAUUUGUAAUUUGUAAUCUUAUAUAAUUGUUAUAAUAUAACUGAUGGUUUCAAUUUAUAAUGUCAAUGUCACUCGUGUGACAUUUUUUUUUA